AUGAGACGCACCCACGCUGCGCCUGCAGAGCCACAACCCCGGACUCCGCGACGGUCCCCGCUCACCCCGGGGUGCCCGAGCAGGCUGCAGGGGGCGCUUCGGCUUGGCCUCAGGCCCCCGGCCCCCACCUGCGCGGAGCCCGGCGGAACCCGGCGGAGCCCUGCGGGCCGAGAUGGCUUCCCGCGUCCUCCCCUUUCCACUGAUUUUAUUUUUCUGUUCCCAAACCACCGUCUCGUGUGCCUUCGUGCCUUGCAGAACCUGAACCAGAGGCGGGACAUCUCCUCCUGGCUGGCCCGCUGGUUCCGUAAAGCCCCAGCCAAAUCCGUGGUGGCCCUGAAAAUGCCCAUCAAGGUGGAGGUGGUGGCUGGGAAAACCUACAGGUGGUGUGUGUGUGGCCGCAGCAAGAAGCAGCCCUUCUGUGACGGCUCCCACUUCUUCCAACGCACUGGCCUAUCUCCACUCAAGUUCAAGGCCCAGGAGACCCGCAUAGUGGCCCUCUGUACCUGCAAGGCCACCCAGAGGCCCCCAUACUGCGAUGGCACCCACAGGAGUGAGAGGGUGCAGAAGGCAGAAGUAGGCUCCCCACUUUGAGCAGUGGCUGCUGCCCAGCCCCAGGUGGCCUCUGCUCCAGGCCUCUCUGACAGGCACCCACUUUGUUGGGAAGGAAACUGAGUGCUGAGCCCAAGAAGGGAUCAUCUGGAGAACCCAGUAUCCACAGCUGGCUGGUGGAAGAAUCGCUCCUUAUAACCUGAAGUCUCCAGUCGGGCAGCCAGGAGUGGGCUCCUGGUUCAUCUGCUGAUGGAGAAGAUGGCAUUAAACAAACAUGCCCACCCAGA